AUGACUCGAAGUUGGUGUAUCCUUAUGGUGCUCUUGGAAUUGAUGAUUAUAACUUCUUCUCGGUUGUUGAAGCAUGGAGAGGAUUGUGGGGCAUACAGUUUCAGCCACUCGGAUGACCCGAGUCGCGAAUUGUUCUAUGUAAAUGGGAAAUUGGUGGACAGAUUUUUCUUCUGUAACACUUUGAUAGAGCAUAAUGAGAAACAGUGUCUCCUUACCGAAUAUGCCAGGAAAAAAUACUGCCCAUCAGUUGACAAGUCGCCGUUGGUAACUAGAAGAGAACUUGUAGAAACUGUGGUUCCAGAGGGAUCCAGAAGGCUUGAUAAUCAUACAGUAUUUAUGGCUAAUUUCAUAUCGAAGCCCAAGAUGGUGGCUAUGGGUGUGCCGGCUAUCUUCUUAUUCUGUUGUGUGUUACUAUGUCCAUGCUUCCAUUCAAAGAAAAGAGAUUCUGAGCUUACUGUUCUCACCAAGGAGCCAACUUCAAUGGAUUCAAUUUCGUCUCUAGAAACGAAACCUGCAUUCGAGAGUUACCCUGGGAGCCCACAGAGAGUACCUCCAAGUCCAUUGAGAGUUCCUCCAAGUCCAUCAAAAUUCUCCAUGUCACCAAAACUCAAUAGGCUUGGAUCUCUUCAUCUAAAUAUGAGCCAAGUCGUGCGGGCCACGCAUAAUUUCGCUAAAUCACAAAGGAUUGGCGGGGGAGGGUUCGGGGCUGUGUAUAAGGCUGAGUUGCCUGAUGGCCAGGUAGUCGCUAUCAAACGAGCAAGAAAGUUGUUUCUGUGGGAACAAUUUCAGGAGCACUUUGAAGCCUUGAAAGUGGAGUUUAAAAGUGAAGUUGAACUUCUGGCUAAAAUUGAUCAUCGUAACUUAGUCAAGCUUCUUGGUUAUGUCGAAAAAGGAAGCGAACGAGUGAUUAUCACAGAGUAUGUGCCCAAUGGUACACUUAGAGAACAUCUAGAUGGUAUCAAGGGUAGAAUAUUGGAUUUCUAUCAAAGACUUGAGAUUUCCAUUGAUGUUGCUCAUGGCCUAACCCAUCUCCAUCUAUAUGCUGAGAAGCAAAUUAUCCACAGAGAUGUCAAGUCCUCCAAUAUUCUGUUGACCGAGAACUUCCGAGCCAAAGUUGCAGAUUUUGGGUUUGCCAGAGCUGGGGACGAUCCUGACUCUGAGAAAACGCAUGUAUCCACCAAAGUAAAGGGCACAGUUGGGUACCUUGAUCCCGAGUAUAUGAGGACGUUUAAACUCACAGCCAAAAGUGAUGUUUAUUCGUUUGGAAUUUUAUUACUAGAAGUUCUAACGGGCCGCCGACCUGUGGAUAUGAAGAGGCCGGCUGAUGAGAGGGUGAUGAUUAAAUGGGCGUUCCGGAAAUACAAAGAAGGAAGAGUUUCGGAGAUGGUAGAUCCUUUGAUGGGGGAACAUAUAGAUGAUGAAAUUCUUACGAAAAUGUUUGGUUUGGCGAUCAGAUGUGCUGCCCCUACACGCGUAGAUCGACCGGACAUGAAAGCUGUGGGUGAACAGUUAUGGGCAAUUAGAAAGGAUUAUCUUAAAACCGAAGGGAGGGGCUCAUAA